UGAAUGGAGUCUGGCGGGCCGCGCGGUGUGGCCCGUUCACGGACGGACGUCAUGUGUUUUGAGGUUACAUCCAGCUGUUGCACUUGCGCGCAUCGUUACCUUUAAGAUGCUCGGGGAUAAAGGCUCAUUUUAGCCGAACCCGACACCAUUUUACCGGAGAGUUUGGCGCGAACGCGGCUCGGAUCACCGCCUGGCACCUCUUCCCCGCAGCGCAGCGCCAGUUUUCGGGUUCCUUUAAGCGAAGUGGCGGAGUUAACGGCCGAGCUGAUCCCAUAAAUGUCGGAUUUGAUUAUCUGUCGGCCUACCGAGAAGUGGCGGGGGCGAGAGGGACGGCGCGGCACGAGACGAGCCGAGACGGGGUCCGCGAGGAGGGUGCACACGCCAAAUACUUUCCCUUUAAAGCAGAGAGGGACAGAGGGGGUGAAGAAGAGAUAAAAAAAGAAAAGGAAGAAAGAGCGAAGGGAGGGAGGGCGAGAGGGAGCGCGAGGGAGCGGGUUUGAAAAAAACAGAAAGAUGUCAUCCUGUCGAUUCAGACACCGAGGCGGAGCCACGGACCGCGGCCGACCGGGAGCGCUCUAGCCGGGGGACGCGCCCUACGCAACUCCGAGGCUCGGAAGCCGACGCUGCGGCCUUGUCGGAGCUAUAAAACGAGUCCCGAACAGCUGCUGCUAUGAUUAGCACGUCUCGACUGCUCGGCUUCGCCAUUAAAAUACUUUGCAUGCAGAUUUUUAUUCCAGUCGACAUAAGCAAAUUAAAUUAAACCGCACCAUUAAAGCAAGUACGCAUGAGACCAACCAUUCUGUCGCAUUUACAGAAGCAUCUGCUCAGUGACUGUUUAGCUGCCAUAUUAACUCCUGCCUCUCGGACGCUUCUCUAAGAAGUGUCAGGGCUUUGGGACUCAUUUCCUCCGCCAAUUUCCCCUGUCGGUGGAGGGGAGCUGCCAUACAGGCCUCGCGUUUUGUUUUCACAGCAGCUCCCGGAGCUUUUCUACCUCCCCCUCCUCCUUCUCCUCCACCUCCUCCUCCUCCUCUUCGGUCCCCAGCUGGGUCUCCUUCAGGAUGGACACCUCCUGGAGUAAUUUCCUCUUUCAGACGCCUCCGACUCAGAGUCAGCCCGAGACGCCGCUACAGUCGGAGCUGCUGCCGGAGCUGACCGGCUCGGCUCAGAGUUCUUCAGACGAAUGUUAACCUCAGAGUGCACUGACUGUGACUAAAAUGUGACUUUAAUGUCCGCCAGUCAAACCGCUCACCAAGCCGAGCCGGCCCGCCCACAUCUGCGCCACCUGCAACAAGGAGUUCAAGAACAGCUACAACCUGCGGCGGCACCAGUCGGUGCACACGGGCAUCAAGAUGAAGGACCGGGCGGCCCGGGAGAAGGAGGACGGAGCGAAGGCCGGCCGGGUGGAGAAGCAGACGGUCCCGCUCUCCCUCCUCCACCUCGCCCUGCCCCCGCAGCAGCCUCCUCCCCCUCCCGCGGCUCCCGGCCAAGAGACCCUCCCCCAGCCCGGCCAGCACGUCAACCAGGAGGGCCAGCCGGUGUCUGUGUCCAUCGCCCCGGCAACAGUAACCAUGGCUGCGCCGCCUCAGCCCAUCCAGGCAGCCGUUGUUGUCGUUGGGUCCAUGGAGCAGAAUCCCAAUCCUAAUCCCAUUCCCAGCACCAAUCAGGUGAGGAAGAACCACGCCUGCGAGGCCUGCGGAAAGGCCUUCAGGGACGUCUACCACCUCAACCGCCACCGGCUGUCCCACUCGGACGAGAAGCCGUACUCCUGCCCCAUCUGCCAGCAGCGCUUCAAGAGGAAAGACAGGAUGAGCUACCACGUGCGCUCGCACCAGGGCGGCGUGGAGAAGCCGUACAUCUGCCCGCACUGCGCCAAGGCCUUUUCUCGGCCGGACCACCUCAACAGUCACGUGCGACAGGUGCACUCCACAGAGAGGCCGUUCAAGUGCACGACGUGCACGUCAGCGUUUGCCACACGGGAUCGCCUCCGUGCUCACCUGAUUCGCCACGAGGAGAAGGUGCCGUGUCACAUCUGCGGGAAGCUGCUGUCGGCCGCUUACAUCACCGACCACAUGCGGGUCCACAACCAAUCGCAGCACCACGCCUGCCACCUCUGCAACCGCAGCUUCACCACCCUCACCUACCUGCGCGUCCACGCCCAGAAGCACCACGGCCAGGAGUGGAAGGAGAGCGGCGGGGCGCGGGGGGCUUUCGGCGGGACCGGGGCCGGCGGCGUGCUGCUCUGCCAGCUGUGCGGGGUACAGUGCAAGACGGCCACGCAGCUCCAGGGUCACAUGGGCACUCACGCCAGCCAGGGCGACCCCACCCCCGACCAGACGAGCACUGGGCCCGUGGGCACCACCAGCGUGGCGGUCACGGUGUCCAGCGCUAGCACAGUGGGACUGCUGGUCACUGACUGCUCCGGUAUCGCCCCCCAGCCCCACAGCUAGCACGCUGGGGGGGUGAGUGGGGGCAGGGGAGAGCUGGGGUGGGACUGCAGGGAGGUGGGGUGGAGUCGAGGGGGGAGUCGGAGGAGUCGAGGCAAAAGGAAGCAAGGACACGUGGGAGGAGCCACCGUGGCAGGUUGUUUCCUGACACAUCCUGAUGGAGGUUCGACUUCUCCGUGGCGCUGUGAGGACGGCGACCUCUGUUCGUUCCUGCGACGCCCGCCUCUGUCAGCUGACCGGCCUCCAGCACUGGGAGGCGCUCUCUGCUAUCACACUACCGACUCUGGAGUCCUGCACAGAGGACCAUCAGUUAUUAACUAAUGUGUAUUUUUAUUCUCCAGCUUGGCGCUUAGCUGUUAUCAUCACUUCAUUGUUUUCAUUUUCAGCCGCUCUUGAUUUUUGUAAAGCCGCCGUCGCCGUUUUUACACCAUUUCUGAUCCACGAUAUCCGUGUUUAACACCAGGAAACUGGCCCAGAGACCUCAGUAACACGAUUUAUCUCAUUUUCUCUUCUAAUUUAUUGCCGAGCGGUGUCCGGUUUGCCUUUGAGCGGGGAGCGGGUGUUUCUGACGGCCCACGCUGUACAUACACACUUUUAUAAAGCAGAUAACGGCAGACCGAUAGUUGUUUGUGGAUAUUCCCCCUGAACACUGAAUGUGCAUAACUUCUCUGCUUCGUAUGAUCUUCGUUCUUACUCUGGAUGCUGAUUUGUAACUCUUGAACCUGCCAUGUAAUUUGUAGCUACCUGGUGACACAUUUUCUGUGGCUGUGCAUAUUGAUUGUACUUGAUGCAUAGUGCAUAGCGCCUCGUUACUGUUACUGUAUUAAAAGGCAGUAAAACGCA